AAUGAAACUCAAACCAAAGCUGAUACACCAAAGGGAGCUUGGACCAAUGGAACGACGAAGCUUUUCCAAGGCAAAGAUGAAGGUGACGGCUGGUACAUAGCUGAAUUUGAUACAGAGGAUGUUGAAAUGGCCAAUAAUGAGGAAUAUGACUAUAUUGUUGAGGAAGAUGAUCCGAGAUGCCCAACCAUCCUUUAUACGGACAAAGAAAAGCUUGACUGGAUAAGAAAGUGGCGAUCGACUCUAAUAGUCAAGGGUCUGGGACGUGAUAUCCCGUCCAUUGCACUAUCCAACAGGUUGUGGUCGUUAUGGGCACAAAGAGGAGCAAUAAAAAUUUCCGACAUGUCUAAUGGAUGCUAUCUGGUGAGAUUCAAAGUAAAGGAGGAUUAUGAGUAUGCAGUGUCAGGGGGAAAUGGAUGA